AUGUACCGCAACCCAAACGGCGGCUAUGGCUUCAGCUUCUCUGCCUUCGCCAACAACUCCAUCCCCUCUAUGAUGAAAGACUCCACCACCGACCCAGGCCACAUCUCAACACCCCAGAAAAACUUCGUCUUCCUCCACCAAACAGCAGGGCCUCCAGGCCAAGACCAUUCGCCCUACGGCUUCGACGACUAA